AAAAAUAAUAUGGGCGCUAGAUUUGAAGAAGAAUAUAAGUUACAGAAUUUACACAAAAUACAUCCCAUUUAUGAAUGGCAGAUCAAGUUUAUGUCUUGUUAAGGUGUUGUAUGAUACAAUAGAAAUUCAAAAUUGUGAGAAAAGAGAUAGCUAUGAAAAAUAUGAGAAUAUAUCAAACGAUGAAUCAAAAUCAAGAUAUAGCACCACCCACCUUAUCUGAUCCAGUCUUAUUGUCAGAUGAAAGACACAAAGGAAAGCUAUCACACCUCUCUGUAAUAUUAUGGAACAUGUUGAAACAAAACCAAGCUUGUGACAUAAAGAUAAAAACUUGUGAUGUCAAUGUAAACGCUCACUCGUGUAUAUUAAUAGCGGCGUCUGAGUAUUUCAAAAAAUGCUUUGACCUUAUCUCACGCAUGCGUGGCACUGAGGGAAUCUCUGGGGUCCUGCUUGAUUUACGACCACAUUUAGGAUCAAAUCUGAAUCACAAGGACAUGAUGAAUAUCUUACAUUAUAUUUACACUGGGGAAAUGGAAGUAACACCUGAC